AAACUGCCCUGUAUAUACCGCUUACCAUCCAAGAGAGAAGGGUUAAAAAAAAAAAAGAUUAAAGGAGUAAAGGAAAAAAGGGAGAUAAAUAAACAGGGAAGAAAAACGGCACGGACAAUUUCAGGCCUUAUUCAAUGCUUUACCAAACUAACCACUCCUUUUACUUUCAAUUCCCUUCUUUCGCCUCCAUUCCUCUGCCUCCACUCAUCCUCUCACGCUUAUCUUCCUCUGUUCAGGAAAUGGUACGCUUUGAAGCGGCCUUGAAGUCUAAUUGGAGGACGGAGAUGCCGCCUAAGGCGAGCCCUCAGGCGACUUCUGAUGAUUUUUGUGCGGUAUAUGGGCAGAAUGGGAUUUCAAGCGAUGACUUUUUGGUUGAGGACUUCCUUGACUUGUCUAACGAGGAGGGCUUAUUUGAACAAGAACCUGAAGAAGAGGAAGAAGAUAAGGUGCCGACUUCUUCUCUUUCUUUUUCCCCAAAAAAGCAAGACCCAGAAGACCAUUCUUCGAACGAAGGCACCAGUUUGGAGUUUGGGUCCUUGCCCACCAGCGAACCCUCUGUUCCGGCGGAUUUUGUGGCAGACCUCGAAUGGCUGUCUCAUUUCGUGGAGGAUUCCAACUCGGAAUACUCUGCAGCGUUUCCCGCCGGAAUUAUUCCACCAAAACCAAAUUCCAGCCACGAAGGCCAACCCGAACCCGAAAACCCGGCCACAAGCUUUAAAACUCCGGUUCCGGCCAAAGCCAGAAGCAAGCGCAAAGGAACCGGCGGCUGGGUCGGGUCUCUUGCUAAGUCCUCUCCAGGGACGGAAUCCUCUUCAAGUUCAUCGUCGUCUUCGGCUUCCUGUAGCCCUUCCAGUUCGUGCCUUAUCUUGGCAAAGUCAAUUCCAGGUUCCGGGUCUCCGUUUGAACCGGUUGAACCAGUCUUCUCUGAGAAACCACCACCUGUUAAAAAACAAAAGAAGAAACAUGUAACUGACUCAGCAGGUGGUAAUGCGACUCAGCCCCCACGCAGGUGCAGUCAUUGCGGCGUCACGAAGACCCCUCAGUGGAGAGCUGGUCCGCUCGGGGCAAAGACCUUGUGUAACGCGUGCGGGGUCCGUUUCAAAUCGGGUCGUCUUUUACCCGAGUAUAGACCCGCUUGUAGCCCCACAUUCUCCAGCGAAUUGCACUCCAACCAUCACCGGAAGGUUCUAGAAAUGCGGCGCAAAAAGGAGAUGGUUAUGCCGGAGCCCGCCUUACCUCCUCCCGCCGUGCCAAGUUUUGGAUAAAACUAGAAUUUAAUUUAGACAAAAAAAAAAAAAAAAAAAGAGGGGGGAAAAUAGGAAAGUAGUCUAGGAAGGGUUGAACCGGGUUGCUCCGACCCGGUUUAAAUAGUCAAGUUAUUAAUUAAAUUAAAUUAGAUUAGAUUAGAUUGAAGUCUGUAAAUUGUUUCUAUUUUUAUUUUUAUUUUUUCCGGUGGGUGCGGUAGGUUUUUAGGUUUAACUGAUUAGGAAGACUAUAAUUGUACUCCUUUCUUUCCAUAUAUUUUUUUAAAAAAAAUUUAGUAUUUGUUGGGUCAAUAGGAUUGGAAAGCGUUUCAACACAUUUUCUGGUGGCCGUUGGAAAGCAAAGAUAUUAUGAAGGGAAAUAAGAGGUGUUGUGUUAAGCAAAUGGAGAAUUGGGAAGUAGCGUGGAAUGCACGGACGCUAUGGAUAUUUUUGAGGUAUUGGGAAUGAUUCUUGACUGAUGCAUGAUGUCUGAAAUUUGGACAGCAUGUGAAGUUUGAUGGUGUGUUGGAGUUUUGGACGAUCCGCUCAUUGUUCCAUGGAAAUGGAACACAUGGACUUGGCAUUAACGAAAAGAAGAAAUGGGUGGUGAUGGCAUUCAAGAGGCAAUCUUUGCGUGGAAAGGGUGUAGGGGUCCUUCACUCAAGGAAUCAAUCAAACCUAUUGCUAUUUUAUAUAUAAUGUAAGGUGAACUGCGCAGCUCAGAGCCCUGUCUCCUCUGUUCCCUUUUCAUUGAAGCUGGUGAAAUUUUAUCCGUCCUGAAACAUUUACUUUCAUCUUAUUUGAUUCCUGCAACUGCUUUACCCUAUUGCUUUAAUUGUUUGAGAAACUGUUACGCGAGAUUUGAAAAAUAAAUGUCAAUAUUAUUU